AUGACGGAAUUGAAUCAUUACCUCAACAGCACAGCAGGGCCUUUGAUGAUUGGUGUCCUGUUUGCCAUGGUGCUCUAUGGCUGCACCUGCGCCCAUGUAUUGUGCUACACGUGGCACUUCCCUGAAGACUCGAUCAGAGUUAAGGCUUUGGUUUUAAUGUUAUGGUCCUGUGGUACUAUUAUGCAAGUGGGCAUGCAAACAUCCCCAAAUUACAAAUCGCUGAUCAGACGCAGUGAUUGUCUUGAUCGUACAAUGGUAAAUUCCCUCUCACACACUGAAUCCGUCAAUUUCCUGCCAGUUCUUCUAACUCCAGCCUCUGCUGCUAGCUUCUACAUUCAUAAGGUUUGGAAACGCUGUGGCUUCUACAUUGCUAACCUCUUUUUUCUGUUGACGCUUUGGCGACCCGAUAACCGCAGAACUCACGACGCGUUGGACGCUGUCGUCAUCGUGAAGUCGAAUCCUGCGCUCGCGUCCGUCACCGACGUCUAUAUCAGUGCAGCGUUGGUGUGGGGGCUGAGGAGGGAGACCCCAGCAUACCGAAGUACGCAAAUGCUCAUGCAAAAACUGACGAUCUACGCCGUCAAUCGCGGAGUUUUUAUCUCGCUUUCAAUCGCGAAAUUUGCUAUUGGCAAAUCUUUCAUUACCCGCUUAGUAAACGCUAAACUCUCGGCAUCGUCUGGGCAACUCGGAGUCCGUCCACUUUUCAGACGGACUCUUGGAUAUUCCCAUGGAGCGUCUGAACGAUGUGAUGAGAUCUCCGCGAACCGUCGCACUUUCGCGUACUGUAUUCAUGCUGUUUACGUUCGCCAUUUCGCGGGCUGGCAAUGCCACCAAGGCCACGCAGUAUCCAAGAACGCGGGUACUAAGGGCCCCGAUACCUCUUAA